GGCAGCACGCCGAGGGAUUACUGUUCACAGUGCUCUAAAUACGGGUAUGUGUUUUGUACAGUUUAAUGGUAAGCCAUGGGAUGGGGAGGAUGGAAUAUCCACUCUCAGUGAAAGUUGUUAGUAGAUGGACUGCAAGGACAGCAAUGCUGAGGGGAUUAGCGGAGGGCUGGAUGUACUACAACCUCUUCAAUCCAAUGGAUAAACACGUCCACCACUGCCAUGUUUUAUCAGCCACUUUUCCUACUCAACAAGAAGAAGCCUUACAUUGUUCAACAUGUGUGAAAUGUAACAGUGGAGUGGUAAUACACAACAAGGUGACGGUCGCUCUCCAUGCAUCUUUGUCCAGAGACAUACAGCAACAGAUGUGUUGUCAGCAUUCUAAUAUCAGGAGGAGGGGAGGGGAGGGGGGAUUAAAUCACAACGCUGCUCUAGUGAUUUGACAGCUCUAUGGCUUUGAUAGAAAGGGUUGCAGGGAGCCUGCCAGUCAGAGUCAGCAGCCUACAGAAGAAACGAUGGCUGUGUGAGGGCCAAAGGGGAAGCAGCGAGAAAUACACUUUGAACCAAAAGUUGCUCCAAAAGCUGUGUCGGCAUAGAGGGAAUUAAAGGGACAUCAACAGCUGCCAUGAGGUUGGCCAGCGCAGGGGUCCGGGCCCGGAGGGCUGCGGAGCCGUCUGAACCGGAGCAGGAGGAAGCAACCGAGCCAGUUCACCAUGAGCACUCCCAUACGGAACACCAUGAGCACUCCCAUACGGAGCAUCACCCCGGACACGACUACAAACACAUCAAGGAGAAGUUCAUGAAUGAACUUGGUCAUCUGCCAAUUCCGGUGUGGGCAGUAGCAGCCAUUGUCGUGGUGGUCCUGGUUUUGGUAGCAUGCUUCAUCUUCUGUCUUUUCAAGAAAUGCUUCGGGAAAAAGAAAAAGCCAAAGAAAGUGAGGGAGCGGAAGACAGGUCGCCGCAAAAAGGAAAAGGAAGGUGAAGGAGAUGCUGGAGAGAAGGAGGGAGAGGUGAAGAAGGAAGGAGAGCAAGAAGAGAAAGAACAGGAAAAGUUGGGACGGCUGGAGUUCUCGUUGGACUACAACUUCACAGAUGCCCAGCUUAUAGUGGGUAUCCUUCAGGCUCAGGACCUUGCUGCUAUGGACAUGGGGGGAACCUCAGACCCCUACGUCAAAGUCUUUUUGCUGCCAGACAAAAAGAAGAAGUAUGAGACCAAAGUUCAACGCAAGAAUUUAUGUCCUGUUUUCAACGAGACUUUCAUCUUUAAGAUCCCAUAUGCAGAGUUGGGCGGAAAGACUUUAAUGCUGCAAGUUUUUGACUUUGACCGCUUCUCCAAGCAUGACAUAAUCGGCGAGAUAAAGAUUCCCAUGAACAGCGUUGAUUUGGGCCAGCCGAUGCAACAAUGGAGAGAUGUGGAGAGUGGUGAAAAGGAGGAGCAAGAAAAACUGGGCGAUGUCUGCAUUUCUUUACGAUAUGUACCCACUGCUGGAAAACUGACAGUGAACAUCAUGGAGGCAAAGAAUCUGAAGAAAAUGGAUGUUGGUGGACUAUCAGAUCCGUACGUGAAGAUUGUUCUGCAGCAAAAUGGGAAACGGAUUAAGAAGAAAAAGACGACCGUUAAGAAAAACACGCUCAAUCCUUACUUUAAUGAGAGCUUCAGUUUUGAAGUCCCUUUUGAGCAGAUACAGAAAGUGCAGGUCGUCAUCACAGUGUUUGACUAUGAUAAACUUGGCAGCAAUGACCCCAUUGGAAAGACCUUCAUGGGUUAUGGAGCUACAGGAGUUGGCCUGCGCCACUGGUCAGAAAUGUUAGCCAAUCCCAGACGUCCAGUAGCCCAGUGGCACACUCUGCUGCACGAAGAAGAAGUCGAUGCGGCACUCAAAGCAAAACCUCGUUAGAGUCGGACCUUGUUUGAAUACUGCCAAUAUCUUACUUAUUCUCAUAGUGCGGUGGUGUUCCCAAGUUGUAUGUCCUGUUCUCCAUCUUGUUUCUUUUAAGAUACUUUAAUGUGUGUGUAUGUGUGUGUGUGUGUGUGUCUACAGUCAACAUGUGGUUGUUAAUCAGCUCCCCCUGUUGACCUUAUACUGUAAACCAAUAUGACUUUGUAUUUGUAUACUGGU